GAAAAGGGAGCUGCGUUUUCACUUUCAAACAGGUACAAAGUGUGGAUCGUGUCCAAACUGAUCUCUUGGCAGCGUGAAGACUGACUUAGACUUCCAUAAUUGGCUGCUUGGUAAUUAGAGAACUUUGAAGGACCGUUCUAAAAGAUUUCCUUCACUGGGUGUAACAGUACUUGCAGAUUUAGAAGAAGUGUUCUCCAGAUAACUUAUUCAUAAAGUAUAUUUAGCUACAUUAAUGAAAAAUGAACUAUUCUCUAUUUAUGUAUUCUAGAUCCAGAAAGAAAUAAAGUAGCUAUUUUUGUUACUAGAAUAGGAGGCAGCUGUGGCCCUGGCGAUGCUUUUUGUAGGCAGAAGCAGGAGCUUGUGUUUCUGAGCUGUUCUCAUGCCCGCGAUAAAAUGAACCUGGAGCAGGUGGCGGUGGCCUCUGGCCACCGAGCUUUUGUUUGGCCGCAGUUCCCCCGCGGUAACUCUUUGUCGUGCCCCUUUUUAGUGCGAUCGAGAACAACUCUGGCAGCUCUCCUUUAUUCUCUGUCUUUUUAUGCUGCUUUCUAACACGUGCACGGAAUUUCCAGCCAGCUCCUGAGGCACAAGAUACAAUUCUUGAUCAUUCUGUUCAGUCUUGUUUCAGCUUAUAAAUGUAACUUGUGUCUUUCAAAGCAGAGGGGAAGAGAGGACAACGGCUGGAGGAGGAGGAGAAACUAAAACUACAAACCAGCAGGCAAAGCGUAUAUAUCCUUGGGUGACUAAAACCGAAAGCAGCAGGAAUAUGAGCAGCUUUCAGAAUUACGUACCAGUUCCCGUGUGGUCGGUACGCGGCGAGGCGGGAGCUGCCGGCGAGCAGAGCGUGUGUCGUGGUCGCCGUUUGCUCUGCCCGCUCCGUGACCAUUAAACAGAGCGCUGGGUUGUGCUCCUGACACGACCUUUGCCUUUGUGCCAUUAAUGCGGUGUGAAUUGUGUAGAACUGAAGCAGGGAGAGUUGACGUCAACGGGAGGAGCUUUGACGUGUCGGGUGCGGAGAGUCUGCGGGACUGGAUCCUCUCGGAAGCUGAUUUCUGCGGCGGUCGAUUGACGGGAGCGCGUGCAAGGCUGGCUUAAGAUUCUUUAGGGAUAUUUUCAAAGGGUUUGCCACUAUAGACUCUGAGCUUUGCUGAGGGCCACUGCAAUGGAGAUUCUUGAACCAUUUCACCCGUUUUAAAACACUUUCUCUUGCCCCCAGAGUAAUCUUGCCCCCAGGGUAAUCUUGCGCGGUGUUUAAAUGCUGCCUCGGAAAGUUCAGUGGCAUAACGAUUCUAUUUGCCGUGCGGCCACAGUCUCAGUGUGGAAAUCUCUACGUGGACAGAUUGGUAAGAUUCCUCGUGCGCACAAUCUGCGUUUUUCAGACGCCCGUGUCUUUGUGAAGCACUGAGGAUGGUAACGUUGAUAUUUAGCUUGUCCCUGGCAAUUAGCGCUAACAUCCAAUUCAUGAGUCUGCGAGGGAGACGCUGAGGAAGAGCCUCCGAUGACAUUGUGUCCGUACUGCUCGAUUUCAUAAUCCCGCCUUUUGUCUUCUACAUCCCAGCACCCAGAGCACAAGAGGACGGCUGCAGGUCAAAGAGCUUCUGUUACAGAAACUUACUCUAAGCCAAUUUAUGCGCUUGGUGCUAGGAAGGCAAUUUCCUUAUCAAGUCUGUUUUUUCUGCAAAUGCAAUGUUAAGUGUUUUCUCUGGUAGGGGAAGCUUCAUUUUAUUAAUCAAGAAAUUAAGGUACGUGCUUGCACUUCUUGUCCUAUCUGUCCUCCAGCAGGAGUGUACGGUAAGCAUCCAAAUAAAGAUCAGUGUUGGCAGCUGGCUGGCGUUUGCGGGUUUUGCUAACUCCCUGCGCUACCGUGUCCUGAGUGGUGCAGUGGAGUUUCCGAAGGAGGAUGUCCAGGGAGUGACGGACUCCUCCCGGCACUCGGACAAGCGGGCAGCUCCCGGGCGAGCGCUGCUGUGUUGUGUGUCCGUGUGCGCGUGUCUUCGCCGCAACGGUCCCGUUUCUGGGGGGUUCGGCGGGCUCUCCCCUGGGCUGGUUGCGGCUGCCGCAGCCGCGGUGCCGGCAGCAGAGCUGGGCUGUGCUCGCUGUGCUGCCCGUGGCUACCGCAGCGCGCUCCGGAAUCGCUCCGGAGCGAGUCCGCCGCGUGCAGGUGUGGAGAGGAAGGGGCUGCGAGCGGCCGUGGCCGCGCGGGAGGCGCGUGGCGUGUGGCCGUUGGAGCUGCCGCGGCAACGGUUCCGCAGGCAACGGGCACCCGGUUCCACAGGCGGUGCCGGCCCGGCGGCGGCUCCGGCAGGCGGUGGAGCGGCCAUGGCUGCGGCGGGGCCGGGGGACCGGGACGCGGCUGCCAGCGUGCGGGGCCAGAAGACAAAGCUGAGCCGGCACGCCCGGGAGCUGCGCGCCGCCGCCGCCUUGCAAGAGCAAGGGAGGAAGAUUUUCACGCAGUCGUGCGAGGAAAAGCUCCGUCGGAACAGGGAGCGGCUCCCCCGCCUGCGCGAGGCCGUGCAGGAAGAUGCCCAGGCUCUGGACGCGGCCCGCAAGCACAAGCCCGUCCUGGACCCCGAGGUCCUCGGGGCGUACAACUUGCCCCCCGAUCUGGCCGGGCUGACGGUGGAGGAGGCCCGGGAGAAGCUCCGGGCCACAAUCUCCAAACAGGCGAACACGCUCAACAUGCUGGACUACCAGCUGAGGCAGCGCUGCCGAGCCCGGGACAAGCUGCAGCGGCAGCUGCGGCAGCGGCAGCGGCUGCUGAAGGAGGAGUUGGAUGAGACUAAGAAGCAAAAGCAGAUGAUUCGCCAGCUGGAGAACGAGCUUGACAAGAUGCGCGCCAAAGUCCGCGCUGCAGAGAAAGUGGGCGCCGUGUACGAGCGGGUGCAUGAUGCCCUGCAGGAGGAGGUGAACCAACUGACUAGAGAGGUGGCGCUCAUGUGCAGGACGUCCGAGCUGUACGAAGUGGAGGUGAAGGCCAUGGAGGCCAUGGCCGAGGAGGCCUGCAAAGCCGCUGCCAUAGCCCAGGAGGAGCUGGCCAAGAGGGAAGCCGAGUUCCUUGCAGAGCGCUCCCCGGACACCCAGAAGGUUCCCAUCGACAGGCCGUGGCUGAGGGAACUGAGCGAAAAGAAUGUGCCAGCGCCAGCCAAGUCCGAGUCCAGCAUGGACCUCUCGACCCAGCAGGACCCACUGGUGGCCACCGAACUGGAGGCCGCCGAGUCCCAGACAGACCACGAGGCCGAGAUAAGCGAGAAGAUGGAGGCGGCCAAGGCUGCAGUACAGUGCUUGCGCCUCUGGAACAUCCCCAGCAAGCUCCUGGCACAGGACUCAUCCUUGGAGGACCUGGAGAAUGACAUCAAGGAGAAGGAAGAGGUGAAGGAGGAGCUGGAGAAAAAACUGAGGGAUCUGGAGCUCCAGAAGACUUUGCUCAUGUUUCACCAGCCCUCCAACAAAACCAGGGUGCUGGAGGAGGAGCUGAGAGCAAAAAUGCAGGCACAACAGGACCGGCGGAACCAGUUGCGAGCACAGAUGCUGAGGAACGAGGAGCUCCUCUUUGAAUUUGAAAGCAGAACCGACCACCUCCUCUUCCGUCUGCGCGGCAUCACCGUGCCCGGCCAGGAUGAUUCUCUCCUGUCCCAGGGGGUGGAGGGGAAGUUCCAGUACCUGGCCGAGAAGCUCCUGUACCUGCAAGAGCGGGCGGCCCACCUGCCCCCUGAACGCAGGAUCCUUGACGAGAGCAAUGAGACUUUCGUGCAGGCCAGGGAUUUCCUCGAGAAAAAAAUGUCCAGCGAUCCUCGGAAUGUGAUGGUAUCGUUUGAGCAAAGAGACAGCAGCGAUGACGAAUCCUCUGAAGACAGAGAUGACGAAGAUGGUGAAGCUGGCGGGCAUGUCCCCACCCGUGAAGACAUCAAGAGGGAGGGGCAGCUGCUAAUCGAAAGUAAGAAAGGAGCCAUGAAGAAGUAGCAGUCGCUCCAUGAGAGCUAUCGAUUCCCCAGACCACCCCUUGUUCUUUGGGUGCCCCCACUACCCCUCGUGUUUUGGAUGGCGCAGACCAUCCAUUUGGCUCUGCAUUCCCCCACCUCCCCUUGUACCCUUUCUCCAGCGGGUUUAAUAAAGCAGAUCUUUUUCGUUCCUCCCAAA